AUGCCACCAAAGCCUAAAAUAGUAAAAUCAACAAAUAAUCAAAGUAAUGUCCAAAAUAAUCAACAAAAUAUUAUUCAACAGCAACAACAACAACAACAGGCUUUUCAAUCAAUUCCCCAAUCUUCAUUAUUUUCUUCUUUUAAUUCAAAACAGCCUUCAAUUUCAUUUACUACCUCAAACACAGCAUCUACUAAUUCUUCCAAUAAUGUUAUCUCUCCAACAAAUACUUCAAAUUUUGCCUCUUUUGGUGGAAAUAUUAUGGUUGGAGCUGCAACAAAUCAACAGCAGCAGCAACAAACACCAGGGACAUCACAAAGGAAAAUCCAACAACAAAUGGUUCAGUUGCUUGUUCCAACAUCUGUUCCUUCUCAAUUAGUUAACAAUAAUGAAGUUAGUAAUGCUGGUGGUUCUUCUGUUGGAGUUUCCAAUUCGGGAGGAAUACAAACUUCAACAAUAACACGUCCAAACCCUCAAAUAAUUUUUUUACAACAACCUCAACAGACUUUACAACAAAAUGUAACACGUUCAGCUGUUGGCAGUAAUAAUACAAAUAGUACCCCAACAACUUCACCUCCUGUCGCUACAUCAGCAAUUCCAUUCCAAUCUACUGCAGCACUUGGUGGUCAAUUUGUUCUUUUAGCAGCAGCUACUCCAGCAAAAGGAAAUGGUGGACAACAACAGUUUCAACUUAUUCCUAUUACUCAACUUAUUACUGCACAACCUUGUACUUCAACUCAACAAAUAAAUUCUACUGGGAAACAACCUCAAUUAUUAUUCCAAGUGGCUGGUCAAACAAUUCAGAAUAACAAUAAUCAAAAUAAUGGACAGCCUUUAUUAUUAUCAUCUCAACAACAACAGCAACCUGUGCAGACAAUUCAAUUCCAACCAAUUGAUCCAAGUAAAUUUAUGUCUGGUGGUGUCGUUACCUCUUCUACUGCUUCUACUACUGUCACAACUAACCAAGUCAGUAAUAGUGCUGGUAUAACAACACAGACUGGUCUUUCUACACAAACAAUUCCAACUUCAGCACGCAAAGUGCCAGCACAGACUAAGGUUUUUUGA